AUGAUAGGGCAACGUCGGCCCACGAGGCAACAACGGAAAACUGGAUCGGAGGCACAACAGGCAGCGGGAUCGGCUGGCACGAACGAAUCGCAUCAGCCAGCGAUAUCGGCUGGUGCAAACGAGUCGCACCUGGGAGCGGGAUCGGCUGAUGCGAAUGAGUUGCAGCAGGCAACGGGCUCGGGCGGUGCGAACGCCAAACGGUCGGAGCACGAAAUUCCUAAUUCGGAUCGCUCAAUAACGGACAUUUCAACCACAUCGAUCGCCUCAAGCGACGAACAGCAUCAUUCGCUCACGACUGCAGAGAUUAUGGCCGAAGCUCCUACGACUCCUGAGCAUCUAUCCCCCCAGCGUUGGAGGGAUGCUUAUGAGCGUUGCUCAUUCUUUCGGGAUAUCGUGGCGGCAGCCGCGCGCAACGACAGAGACCCGAGGUUCCAGUCUCAGCUAUGGCGGCUCCUAUGUCAGAGAUUUCAGAUCAAGCGGGCUAUGUCUUCGUCUUACCAUCCGCAAACGGAUGGCCAGACUGAGCGGCUAAACCGUACUCUAGAACAGAUGCUGCGAACAUACAUUCAGACCGACGAGAAAGACUGGGAGCGUUUGUUGCCGGCUCUGGAACUCGCUUAUAACACGACCUCUCAUUCGUCAACUGAGCUCAGCCCUUUCGAAGUAAUGAUAGGGCAGAACCCAGUGACGGCAGCAGACAUGGACAUCAUAGGAGACCUCGCUCCUACGCUCACACCACCGAUGACUAAGCUUAUACCUGAUCGGCCUCGGGACCCAGCAAUGCAAUCCAAGGAGGCAGCAGUGGGGUGGCUGCCUCUCAACGACCAAGACGGCCUUCCUACGGACAUUUACGAAGUGGAUUAUAUAUUGAACCAACGCGGCUCUGGCAAGGACGCCCAGUAUCUAGUUAAAUGGAGGGGAGCCCCCGAAGACAGGGCCACUUGGGAACCAGCCUCUAACCUAACCAACUGCGCGGCACUACUUAGGGCCUGGCGUCGCUACUAUAAUAAAGUAAGGUCUCGGCAGAGGUCCAGCACCAGCUAA